GUGUUUAUGCUGUGUACAGAAUGAUGUAGUAUGAUAUAAUUAAUUUAAUAUGUCAUGUAGUAUGAUAUAAUGUAAAAUAAUAUAUUAUGAUGUAAUAUAGUAUAUAAUGUAAUAGAUUGGAAUAUAAUACAUAAUGCAAUGUAAUAUAAUAAAGUAUAACAAUAUAAUAUAAAAUAUAAUAUAGUAUAAGGUAAUAUAAUAUAGUCUAAUCUAAUAUUAUAUAAUAUAUAGCAUCGUGUAAUAUAGGACAAUAUAAAAAUAUAGUAUAGCAUAAUAUAGCAUAAUACAAUAUAAUAUCAUGUAAUAUAGUAUGUUAUAAUAUAACAUAAUAUACUAUGAUAUAAUAGAAUAUAGUAUAGUGUAAUGUAGGACAAUAUAAAAAUAUAAUAUAAUUAAUUUAACAUAAUAUUAAAACAUGGUGGAAAAGGUUCAGUGCUUUUCAUCAUUCAGACAUAGAUGUAUAUUCAGACACAAACUAAAAAUAAACAUAUCUGAGAUUUAACUGUGAUUGUCACAUCUCAUUACACAUCUAUCUCAGUGUAUCAGAAUAUCUCACAAUAUUAGAAUACCUCACUAUAAAUACUUCUGCUGAGGGGUAAUAGCUGUCCAGGUUAGGGUACUACUGAGGGGUAAUAGCUGUCCAGGUUGGGGUACUACUGAGGGGUAAUAGAUGUCCAGGGUGGGGUAGUACUGAGGGGUAAUAGAUGUCCAGGUUGGGGUACUACUGAGGGGUAAUAGAUGUCCAGGUUAGGGUACUACUGAGGGGUAAUAGAUGUCCAGGUUGGGGUACUACUGAGGGGUAAUAGAUGUCCAGGUUAGGGUAGUACUGAGGGGUAAUAGAUGUCCAGGUUGGGGUACUACUGAGGGGUAAUAGCUGUCCAGGUUAGGGUACUACUGAGGGGUAAUAGCUGUCCAGGUUGGGGUACUACUGAGGGGUAAUAGAUGUCCAGGUUAGGGUACUACUGAGGGGUAAUAGAUGUCCAGGUUGGGGUACUACUGAGGGGUAAUAGAUGUCCAGGUUAGGGUACUACUGAGGGGUAAUAGAUGUCCAUGUUGGGGUACUACUGAGGGGUAAUAGCUGUCCAAGUUGGGGUCAAUAAUAUAUCCAGUUUAUAUUCUAGUUACCUGAGGUACACCUGUCUAGUCCCGUGUGAUGUCAUCGACAUCUUUAAUUAUCUGAAACACUUUUUUAUCUCUGGGUGAAAACAGUUUAACCAAACUCAGUAUCAGGUACGACUGGUACGACCAUUUAUAAAGAGUAGACGCUGCAUCGACCGCUAUUGGGGCUGACAAGCGGUGGGGCCGCCAUCUUGGUCCGGUCAUCCGCUCCUCUCAGCGCAGUUUGACAGCGCAUUUAAUCUAUCUUAACUGAAUAUUAAACUGAUUUUCACGCGUUUUUUAUUUUUAUUUUUUUGCUGCAAACGUCAUACAUGUAGCUAUGAUACAGGACAAAUAGUUCAGCGUAUUUUAAUAUUCAUAGCGGGAUUAGCAGUAAUAGAAUAUUCUGAUAUUCAGCUCGACUGUAGACAGGUAUUUUGCAAACACUGUAAACACACACACACUAAUAAAUGUUAGAGAAGCAGAUAAUGGCAUUAAAGUCAAUUAUUUUAAUAAUUUGAAGAGACAAUAUAUGAUUACGCUAUAUUAGAGAUAGACCGAUUAUCGGCAACGAUAUCUGGGUUUAGCCGAUUAUCGACAAAACGCAGAUAAUCGGCCGAUAUGACUUAAAACUGGGUUAUUUUGGCGUUUUUGCCGCAGUGUCUCCUUUUUUUCUUCUCCUGCCGCGCUCCCUCGUGCUCCCCGCCCCGCUCUGCUAUCUCUCUCCCUUCUUCACUCUCCGGCUCUUCCCAAGAGCAAAGCUUCAUCUGAUUGGUCACACACAGAGGGCUGACAGCCAAUCAGAGCUACCGCUGAGGGCACAGCAUUCGUGGGCGGUCCUGCCGAGUGCUGCUCGGUCUGAGAGUCGCAGACAGCGGGAAAGGAGAGAGGCUGGUUUCACAGAUCGAGGAAACUUUGUUUGCUAACGAUGGACAAAGCAAAAAGUGCAGUAUGGAAGCAUUACAGUCAACCAUCAUCAGGAAAGGCAGUCUGCAAAGAAUGCAACGAAAAUGUAAGCAUGGGAUCAACAAUAGGGAGAACCAAAAAUACUUCAAACCUGUGGUCCCAUCUUAGGACUCAUCAUCCCGAGUUGUAUCAAGAAUUACAGAAGAAACAGGAACCUGAAACUCAUCAGGAUGCGGCAACUUCAGCUCAGCCUACAAUUGAAGAAAUGUUUAACAAACAAAGAAAGUGGUCCAAGUCAGAUGACAGGUCGAAACUAAUGGACAAACUUAUCCUAGAGAUGAUAGUCACUGAUAACCAACCAUUCACAGUGGUAUCUGAUGUUGGCUUUAAACGCCUCAUGGCUGCAGCUGAGCCAAGAUACGCACUCAAAAGUGACAAGUACUACCUUACUGAAAAGCUGAAAGACGUUCACCAGAAGGUCGUGGACAAGAUCAAAUCCCUGAUUAAACCCGAAAAUGCUGGCCACUCCCUCUCCUUCACCACAGACUGUUGGUCUGGGAAUACUGAGUCUUUAAUGAGCCUGACAUGCCAUUACAUUGACGCAGGAUGGUCAAGAAAGCAGGUUGUCUUAAAUACAAGAGCAAUGCAUGGAUCUCACACGGGGGAAUACCUAAAAGAAACAUCACUUACUGUGCUUGAGUACUGGAACAUAAACAAAGACCGUGUAGCACUUGUCCUUCAAGAUAGUGGAGCAAAUAUAGUGAAGGGAUUGAGGCUCAGUGAACUCCCAGACCUUAGCUGCACAGCACACACCUUGCAACUUGUGGUGAAUGAUGGCUUGACAAGUCAAAGAGCAGUUACAGAUGUCAUUGCAAUUCUUAAGAGGUGUGCCACACACUUUCACCACUCCAUUCUGGCCAAACAACGUUUGCGAAAAAUUCAAGGGGAACUUGGCUUGCCAGAGCACAGCAUAAUUCAGGCUGUUCCAACAAGAUGGAAUUCAAUGCUCCACAUGCUGCAAAGAAUGCAAGAGCAAAAGCGUGCUCUUACAAUCUACAGUGGUGAACAUGGAGGAUUUGCAGCUCUCACAGCUGAGCAGUGGGACCUUGUCUCAAAUUUAAUUGAAACACUGCUUCCAAUUGAAGAAGUAACACUGGAAGUAAGCCACAGCAACUCCUCUGCAUCGUGCAUAAUUCCAAGCCUGACUGUGCUCAAGAUGCUUUUCCAGAAUGAUGAAGGGCCCAACACAAGAGGCAUUAGAACACUAAGGCAAACUAUGAAGGAGAGUCUGGACAAGCGCUUCUCCAAAAUCAAAGACACCAAAAUUGUGGUGCUGGCCUGUCUCUUAGAUCCUCGUUAUAAGAGUCAUGCAUUUUCCUCUGCCACCACCUUGAGCAAAGCCAAAAGAUGGUUGCAAGAAGAAGACGCGUCCACACAAGAGACCACUCAGAGCGAGCAUGCUGCUACAGAGGGUUCAAGCAAGGAGGAACAGUGUGCAGCAACUGAAACACAGGAGAAUGAACCCCCCCAAAAAAGCAACAAAGAGUACACAUAUCUUACCGCAGUCGCAUCGAUGAGAUGUUCACUUUUCUGUUGGCAUCUCACACUGGUGACCAGCUGGCUACUGUUGAAGAUGAGUUACAUCUGUAUCUCAAGGAGCCUGUCAUUGACAGGCGUAAAGAAGAUCCACUCCAGUGGUGGAAACGAAAUGAAGGACGCUUCAAGAUACUUGCAAAACACGCAAGAAAGUUUUUCUGUGCACCACCUUCUAAAGUCCCAAGUGAGCGUCUCUUCAGUGAAGUCUCCACAGUCUGUGACAACAAGAGAAGUCGUCCGACUGGAGAGCAUGCGGACCAACUUUGUUUUUUGCAUCAUAAUCUGGUGCUGCGCAAUUGGAACUAUUGAACUUGCUUAUGUAAAAAUUUCAUUUGUUUCUAUUCUCUUUGCUUUGGGGUCAAGCACCUAUAUGUACCUAAGUUAUUCAAGUUUUCAGUUAACUUAAGUUAUUUAAGUUUUCUGCUUUCUUUUUAAGUUAUUUAAGUUAUUUUGGUUUCUUAAACUUACAUUUUUACAGACGUGUUAAGAUGUUUAUGUUCACAAAAUAUUUGCAUAAAGAAACUUAAAAAUGUUUUAGUGUUUGAGAUGAUACUUUUGACACCAAUAUUUUCCUUUUUAAAGCAAGUAAAUAUCGGUUUCAAAUAUCGGUUAUCGGCCGACUUGACCACCGAUAAUCGGUAUCGGUCUAUCUCUACGCUAUAUAUACAUAUAUAAACAAAAUGCUGACUAAUGAACACAUAUUUCUAUAUAAAACAAUAGAUAGAAGUUAUAUAUCAGAGAAAAUGAAUAUAUAUAAAUCAUAGAUGGAGUAUCAACAUCAUUCACAUAUAUAUAUAUAUAUAUAUAUAUAUAUAUAUAAAAUACAUAAAAGUUCUAUAUCAGAGAAAAUCAUACUACAUAUAUAAAUCAUGUAUGGAAUAUCAAUAUAAUCAAUAUAUCAGAAAACAUAAUAUAUAUAAAUUAUAUCUGGAGUACUAAUAUCAGUAUAUCAGAGAAAAUUAUAUAAAUCAUAUUAUCGACUGUCAAUAUAAUUUAUACAUAUAUAUUAAAAAAGAUAUAUCAAAAAAGAUUAUACAUAUAUAUAUAUAUACAUAUAUAGUUUUGUAUAGAAAUGUGUUCAUUAGUCAGUAUUUUGUUUAUAUAUGUAUAUAUAGCGAAAUCAUAUGUUGUCUCUUCAAAUUAUUAAAAUAAUUGGCUUUACUGCCAUUAUCUGCUUCUCUAACAUAUAUUAGUGUGUGUGUGUUUACAGUGUUUGCAAAAUACCUGUCUACAGUCGAGCUUAAUGUCAGAAUAUUCUAUUACUGUUAAUCCCUCUAUGAAUAUUAAAAUACGCUGAACUAUUUGUCCUGUAUCAUAGCCACAUGUAUGACGUUUGCAGCAAAAAAUAAAAACGCGUGAAAAUCA